GAUUUUUAUAGGUACGUAACGAAAUUAAAAUUCGUUAACGUAGCACUCAGAUCAAGUAGCUACUAGCAAUAUUAAACAAUUUGACAAUUGUGAUUUUGACUUAUUGUCAAAAGCAGUCUAAAUAAUAAACAUGGCGUCUCUCGUAAGGGCUGCCUUUUCAUUAUCAAAAAAUAGUCGUAUCUCUACGUCGGUACGCAGUAUAUCGACUUCAAAACAACUUAACAUUAAAGAGAUUAGAGAAAAAGUUGAAGGUGAAAACAUAGUCGUGGAAGCUGUGAACGUACCUUCUCCGAGAACAGAGCUACUUGUACGAGCGGAAAAAUUGGAACCAUUAAAAACUCUCGAUGUAUCGGAAGCGGUUACGUCGGACAAGGCGCCUUGCUAUAUGUGUUCAUUAGGCCUGGACGUAAAGCACACAGAUGUGCUGAUACUGAGUCAAUUCGUAAGGUCAGAUGGUUGUAUGCUGCCGCGAAGAAUAACUGGGCUAUGCAAACGCCAGCAAAAAAAAAUUGGAAAAAUGGUGUCCAUGGCACAGAAAGCAGGUCUCAUGAUUAAUCUAACUCCUGCAAAUUGCAAGAAAGAUCCCACUAAGAGGAAAGAUUACAAGAAAUUCAACACAUACUUUGAUGAGACAACUAUAUUUAUGAAGAAUGUACCCAGAUGGACAGACCGCUUUAAGUUCAGACAAAGUGCUAAAUAAGAAGUACUAGUAUAUAAUUACAUAAACCAUGUUAUCAGUAAAAAUAAUAAUUAAAUUUAGUAAUGCUUUGUUCCA